AUUAUCACAUGGUUAUCGAAGGCACAGUUUUCGCUGCAGCAGAGCAAAAGAGUUUGCAACUAACAACGCGAAAGGAACGAAGCCAGUUACCUCAGACAUUCCGAAAAUGAAGGUUGUGGCUAUCGCGUGUGUGCUUCUGCUGGCCAUGGUAUCGUGGGUCAGUGGCGAGGUCAACGAUACCAUUAAGGAUAAGAUCGUGCUGCAUACGCCGCUGCAGAACUAUGAGCAGCCAUCGCUGCGCGACUACGAGGAGUGCCAGGUAAAUCGGCAGAGCUGCAUGGACACCUGUGCCGGGCGGGAGAAGUGCGAGUCGGAGUGCCCGCUCUGCCCGGAGCUGACGGAUGAGCCGCUGCUGGUGCAGGGCGUCAACGAUACCAGCUACGUGGCACCGGCACAGCCGGCCCUGAACACCACCAACAUCAUUCGGCUGACGAACGAGAUUAACAAUAUUAUCAAGAACAACAUUCAGGGCCGCAACGAGGUGAAUGUCAAGGUGCAUCAGAAUGUCUCCCAGGUGGGCGGCCGCUUCGGGCUUGGCUACAAUGAGCUGGGCUCCUGCUGCUAUGUGGUGCGCAGAGAGCGCGAUUGCGAGCACAAGGAGCACUGCCGGGAGCACUCGCGUCAUCGGGUCUGUGGCGAGCGCUGCCAGGCGCGGGUGAUGCACGCGAAGCGUGUGGUCAUCUGCGAGAAAGAUCAGCCGGAUGUGUGCCAGGAAACCGUCGAGUAUGUUCCGGUUCACCGACGCAGGUCCAAGUCGCGAAAGCAAGCCCGCUCCCGCACUCGGACCCAAUCGCAAUCGCAAUCGCAAGCUCCACGCUGUAAUUACAUGAACGCCUGGCCCUAUGUCGCCUGUGGCCAGAAUCCGAACAGCAUUCGCUUGAAACGGAGCAGCUGCCAAAAUUGCCUGCAAAUGAACUACGGCUACAUCUUGCAGAACGGUCUGCCGGCAGGCUGUUCCGGCUGCUUUCCAAAUUACGCGGCCCCUAUGAUACCCUCGCCGCUUUUGUAUGCGCCCUAUCCGUAUCCAAACUUUGGCUAUAACUAUCAGCCGCCGCCAGUGUACGACGAUCCGGGACAGGGACAGGGACAGGGCCAGGAGCAGGAAGCGGAGCAGGAGGCGGAGCAGGAAGAAGAGCCGGAAAAGGACACUGCCCAGGACAAGAAGGUUGACAAUGACAUCGAUACCGACAGCGGUUGGGUGCUGGAAUCGGAGAAAUGUGUGGGCGCCGAUGGCCAAUUGGAAGAUUGCAAAGACGGCGACGAUGGCAACGAUGUGCCCAAACGUAAGCCUUCGCCUCCAGCUCACUUGGAGGAGAACUCAAAGGAGGACUAUGACUACGAUCCGGGCUACGAUGUGCCCGCCCAGCGUCGACGACGCCGCCAAAGCAAUGGCAAGUUCAUCCGUUCCCUAUACAGCCGCCACACUGACAAAUGAGCAAGUGCCUCAGCAACGCAAGGAUUUCCAGCCCACGAGUCCAAAACGCUUUUCAAUUUUAAGAACUUAAAAAAGUAGAAUAAAAUACAAAAAAAGAGAACUCCCAUUAAAAAAAAUGCAUACUUGUCGCUUACGUAAUUAUACAAAA